AUGGCUGAGUUGCAGAAACCACGAUCCUAUUGCAGAAAUGUUGCAGGCCAGUUGCGGAGCUGCCCGACGGCGGAGGGCGACGGGCAGGCCGGCGGCGGAGGGCCGUGGGGCAGGACGACGGGGCGGGGCGGGGACUUCCCCAAGAAAGGUGAUAUGGAUAAAUCAGUUGAUGUGAAUGAUGCUCUCUCACAUGCUUCCCACCCAGACAACAACAAAAGGUCAAUAGGAGAAGACAUGUUAAAGCGGCUCCAAAAUCGAUCCUGCACUCAAGGAUGCACACAAGGAUCUGAAGUGGCUUGGAGAGGAUCUGAAGCAAAGAUUGAAGAGGCAGAGAUCCAAGUGGCAGCAUUUGAGUGCCUCGUUGCAAUUGCACCCACUUGUCAUACCAAAUUAGAACCUUGCAUAGGAUUGCUGAUGGAACUUACAUUCCGAGCUUUGGGAGGAGAUGUGGAACCACUUAAAGUCCAAUGUAUUAAGUUGUGGAUCACUAUUUGCGAAAAAGAGAUUGAUCGGGAAGAAGAAGAAGAAGAAGAAGAAGAAGAAGAAGAAGAAGAAGAAGAAGAAGAAGGAGAAGAUUUAUCGGCAUCUUGCUUUAUUGGUCCUCUCUUGAGAUUGGUUCCACUUCUCCUACAAACUUACAUAAAAGAAGAAGGGGUGGUUUUAAAACAAGAGGACAUUUGGAAACAGAGAGAUGAAGAUGAGGGAGAUGAAGAUGACGGAGAUGAAGAUGUGAAACAAAAGGGAGUUAACCUUGAAGACAUGUGGGAACCAGAGGAAGAUGAGACUUUACAAGUCAUUUCCAUGACAUGCUUAGGCCUUGCAGCUAGAAUUAUUAAGGUUGAAGCUCUGCACCUUGUGAUGGAAUUUAUUGAGGAGCUCAUUAUUGGGCCACAUAUGAUAGCAGCAUCGUUUCCAUUACGUUUUGUCCUCGAAGGUCCCUCAGUCAAGCAACUUGCUCCUCUAGUUGAUUUAUUGCUUGACUUGAUGAUACAUUCGGUGGAAGGUGUAAGAGGCAGGGCUGCUUGGACUCUUGGGCGGCUGUUUGAGAUUGUGGGUGCACAUAGAAUCAUGAGAAAUAAGGUGUGGCUCCUGAAUAGGAUCAUGCAGCUCUUGAUAGAGAGGAGCAAUGAUGCCCCUAAAGUGUCCAUGGAAGUGCAUAGAGCUCUAUAUGUUCUUGUACGAGGUUAUGGAGAAGAUGCAAAGUCAAGGUCAAAGCCAAACUCAUGCGAGCUUUCACCUUAUGUCAAGCCUCUUAUUGGUGCUCUCAUGUAUGCUUCCGAUCUGUCCAGGGAGACCCCUUCUAGGUUUCUUGCAUCUCCUUAUAAAGCAUUGUGUGAGAUUGUGAGAGUUAGUGACACCCAGGACUUACAAGUUAGGGAGGCUCUUAUGGGCUUGAUAUCUCAUAUCAUGAGGAGAUUCAACGUUGUGCUUCAUGGUCAUAAUGCAAUUUCAUCUCCUCGGAGGAGGAACCAACUUGAGGUCUUGCUGUGUGGUCUAGUUGAAGUCUUAAUCCACAAGCUUGGAAGUACACUUCAGGGGUCUGCUAAAUGUUUGUUGCUGCUAUUGUGCCCUCUCUUAACCCGCGAGAGUACAAGUGCACGUAAUGGAGCAGCCCUUGCCAUUGGUGCUCUUGCUCAUGCCAUUGGUGCUGAUUUUGGAGAACACAUGCCUAUGGUGCUACUAUAUUUCAGUGUGAAGCGACUCUCUCCACUUUAUUUAGAAGUGAUAUGUGAUAUAUGCCAUGUCUUGGGAAAAGAGGGAAAAGAGGAAGAAGUGGUGCCAUGCUUUGAUCAUAUUAUGGAAGUUCUGUAUCAAGGUAUGGGAGAAUUGACACUUCAACCACCAAUUUUAUCAAGCAUUGGACAGAUUGCCCUUUCUCUUGGUGAAAAAUUUGAGAAGUACCUGCCUCUAGUUAUGGAAAAGCUUCUAGUUAUGGAAAAUAUUGCUCGACUUGAUCAGGGACCUCAUGAGGAUCAUAGUAACAAGGUUAGAGAGGGAAUAUGUAAGGCCUACCAUGGCAUAAUAGGGGGAAUAAGUGACGCAAAGUCUGGAUUCAAGGUAGGAAUGGCUCUACUUGAAUUCAGUGAACAGGAGAGAAAGAGAAGGGACAGGGACGAAAGGACCGUGACAGCAACGGACAGAAGGAUCAUGACAGCACUAGUUGAUGCCUUGUCUCAGCUUUCUCCUAGAGUGGGGGUUUGGUCAGAGGCCGUGAUUCUAUCGGUGCAGCAAGCAAAUAUUUAUUAGGAGAGGAAAGGAAGCUGUGCUUUAUUUUGGUCCAGACAACUAAAGUGUGUCGGUUGACUAAUACUUCCUCCUGGGCUGUGGGUUGUCAGUUGGAAACUGCACUUAUUAUAUUAUAUUUAAUUAAUUAGAGUUACUAGCCAUC